AUGUCUCCCGCUCGCAAGGCACUUAUCAGCAUCACUUCGGCCCACGCCUCGCUCUUCCAAGGAAAAGAGACGACCGGACUCUUCAUCAGUGAAGCUCUACACCCAUUCAAAGUUCUCACUGCUGCGGGCUUUGAAGUUGACCUUGCUUCCGAAACUGGAGAAUACACUCCUGACUGGCUCUCGCAGCAGCCAGAUUUCCUCAAUGGCGAUGAUCUCCAGAUCUGGAACGAUCCCAACAGCGACUUCCGCCGAAAGCUGGACAACCUACACAAGGCUGCCGACCUGGAUAAGUCGCAGUACGGUCUUUUCUACGCAUCUGCUGGCCACGCCGCUCUGAUUGACUAUCCCACUGCAUCCUCUUUGCAGAAGAUCGCCGAGGAAGUCUGGGCGAACGGUGGUGUUGUUGCCUCGGUCUGCCACGGCCCUGCCAUCUUUGCCAAUAUCCUUGACAGAGCAACUGGCGAGCCUAUUAUCAAGGGCAGAAAGCUUACUGGAUUUACUACUGAAGCUGAGAACACUAUGGGGAUUAUGGCUGAACUUCGGAGUUGGAAUUCUGAGAUGGUCGAGGAGCUUGCCACACGCCUUGGCGCUACUUAUGAGCGCUCUACUGGCAUUUGGGAUGACUUCCACGUCAUUGAUGGCCGCCUGGUAACAGGCCAGAACCCAGCCAGCGCUUCGUCAACUGCCAAGGCUGCGGUUGCUGUUUUCGAAACUUUGUGA